AAAAAUAAAUAAACGAUGAAAAAAUAAUAAACAUAGAACAUAGUUACAUAUAAUAAACAAAUAUAUUCAUAAACAUCAUCCAGUAUUAUCCAGCAAUUCAUAUUAUUCCAUUGUGUUCCAUUGUUGAUUCCAGAUAAAGUUUCCCAUGUUUAUCAGUAAAUAUACAUUAAUUUACAUGUUUUUUAAUUAUUAACAGCAGAAAAAUAAAAAUUUAUACAAUUAGUCAUAGAUUCUUGCAAAUUAUGUCAAGUUCUUUUAUAAAACUAGGUUCAUGUCUAAAUUGUUCUAUAUUGAAAGGGAUUUUCUAAUUCUUGUUAUGACAUUAUUUACACUUGGAUUAACAUUUUAAAAAAUAACUGCAUUACUUUCCAACCAUAUUUUAUAUCUUGCAGUACACAGAAGAAGCAUGACUGCAUUACGUUCAACUAAUGAUAAAUGUGAAAGACACUGAUUAUUUAGUUCUAGUAAAAUACAUGUUUUAUAAUUAUUUUUUAACUUGCAAUUGUUUAUUUUUAAUACAACAGAAAAAACAUAAUCAUACACAUUUUAGGUAAAAGCACAGUUUCAAAAUAAAUGAGAUAUAAAUUCUGGUUCUUGAGAACAAAGUACACAUAAAUCAUUUCCAGUAACACGUCUAAUCCUUGGUUUAACUUUUAUUGAAAGAAUGUCCCACAUAAGUUUAUAAUUGAAAGUUUUAAUUUUAUUAGCCAAUAUUUUGCAAUGUACCGGUACCGUAUGUUAGAACAAGGUCCUUCCAAACUACCAUCUCUAAGAAACACUAUUCUGUCAGGGUGUUGUCAAAAACUGAAUACAAAAACUGAACACAACUGAAUACUACCGAAUACAACUGAAUACACCAUACCGCUGUUGCGGUGGCGUACAAUCGUGUUCGAAUUAUUCACUGCCUCGCUUGUCGUUUCACAAAUCCAUAGAGGCAUUCCUAAUGGAAAAUCCUGGGUAUUCCCCCGAGGUAUGGUUCCGCAAAUCGAAAACAAGUGCGGUAGCCCGCGAGUACGGUGCCAUCCAUACUCUUCAGUGUUUGAAUAACACUUCUUACCGCACAGUCUUAUCCAGUUAUCAGCGAACGAGAUACCGUACUCACAUUCGUUAAUAAUGUCAGUGAUAGUAUGGAGCGUGAAAUUGAUGCUGUUUUUGACUUGCUUUGCCAGAGGACAAAACCAGUCAUAUGGCGACAAUGUUGAAAAACAAUGUGUACCUGAUGAGUCAACAUUUACAUCUUAUGCAAACGCUCUUGGUCAAAUUUAUGAAGUUUUAAACUCCAAGAAAGUUGAUGGUAAUAAUUAUGAGAAUACAGCAAUAACUUUGUGUAAUAUACAAAGCAGAGAAAACUUUGUUGCAACUGAAUGGAUCAUCAAUGGUGAACCACCUCGUUCUUUGUUCAUCCAAACUGGAACAAAGAUUAUCCCUCAGUUGCAUAAUUCAACCAUAAUAUGUUCGGCAUCUGACAUUAACAAAGAAAAUUGGUCACCCCCAAUGGAGGCUGAGUUUUACCGCAAUGUGACUGGAAGUAUCACAUACAAAUGCCAAGAUUUUCAGAUAAUACUUACAGGUUUGAGACUACUUAAAACUGACCAUUCCAAGCUAUUGGGAGCAGUAGGGCCAUUUACUGAUGAAUGUGUAACCUAUGGAAAUAGUAGUAAAGGAACUGACACUAAGUGGCUGGGAAGAGCCUGUGACUCUGAGGAAUACCGAUAUAUGUUUAAUGAAAAAUGGGCUUAUGGAUGUUUUCAAUGCUGUGAGAAUCACUACUGGUCACUCGAACACAAGGAAUGUGAAGCAUGUGGGCCAUGCAGUUACAGAAAAGAGAGGAACGUUUGGACAAAGUGUCUUCCAGAGGAUGAAUGUGAAAGGUCAACAACUCAACCAACCCCAGUAUUAUUUAAUUCAACAUCUAAAUCGACAACAUCGUCAAGUACAACAAUGCCAACCACGACAUCUACCACUACCUAUGCUACAAGCAGAGGAGCAGAUCACAAACCAUCCUCUUCAACAACUGAGCAGCAUGAAAACCAAAGUUCAUCAAUAUCGCCCUCAAAUUCAGGACCAUCCACGUCGGCAGGGAUUGUAGUUGCAUUUAUUGUAUUCAUCUUAUCAGCUUGUAUCGCUUCAAUAUUAUCGAAAAAGUAUUUGAGUAGAUCGCCAUCCGGCCAUUUACCAGUCAGCCUGAACGAAAAUGAUUAGAUGGCCAAUAUUUCAGCUUUCUGAUCAAAAAAAUAUAACCAAAAUCACUAUUGAUUUACUUUAUGCAAGUUAUACCAAAAUUGUACAUAACAAGUCAUAGUCAAUGGGUAAAUUUUACAUGACAAAUAGUCAUGUAGUGUUUUUAUUUUUACUAUGCAAAUCCAAGUGUUCAAUUUUGAAUGCAUGAGCUGAUAAUCAAAUGUAUAACAUAUAAAGUGCCUAAUUGAAUAAUGUUUGUUACCUUUCUUCAUUAAUCAACCUGGAACUGUAUUUCUGGAUACUUCAUGACUGAUGUAACGAACAUUCAGUUUCUCAUUAAUUUAUUGUAGUCACCACAAAAUGACUGUUGUGGUGUGUGUGGAAUUCACAGCUGUAACUUUUGCUAUGGUCAUGUUUGGAUUCAGUAUAUGACUGAAAUCAUGCUAUUAAAAAGGGAUCAGGGAUUACGACUGACCUUGGAUAUCUCAAUUCACCCAUUGAAGUGUCAGUGUGCAAUCUGGGUUGCUGUUUAGCAUACCACCAUGCCAGAGCGGCAGCCAUGAUUUUUCCAAAUUUGGGGGGUUACGAACAUUGCGCCAAAAGUGCAAUUCACGACGCCGUAAGGCGUUUAAAAAACAAACACUUGUCAGCGAAAGUAUGUCGGAUAAACGAGUUGCAUGUUGCUCCCUUUGUCGUUGUUUGAUGAAUAUUUGGGUACGUCUUGUUUCAAGCAUAUACUUCCUAAUCGUCGACCAAUAAUUAAUCCGCAAUCAUCGGUAACCGUUCGCCUUGUUAGCUUUUUAUUGUUCCAUAAAUGAGCCAGCUAUUUCCGGGGAGAAACAAAUGAUUAGAAUAGAGAAAAUUCAUUUUGAGAGAAAAGUAUAACUCGCGGAUAUCAGUGGCGUUACGAUCAUUACUAUUACGUGUGGUAAUUUAUUGUUAUUCGAGUCGACUUUUUUUAUUGUUAUUCAAUGAGUAAUUACGGACGCAGUGAUUAGUGACAGGAUAAAUCGAAUUUUUACUAAUCGAAUAUUUAUUUAUAUUUAACAGAAAAUUACUAGAAUACUGGAAACUCGAUAACAACGCGGCGUUUUACUUCCUGAUUUUAUCACAAUUGCGGAUUGUUUUUGUCAAUACGAUCGUUUCGGCGGCCGACAUCUGAAUUAUUGUUGAACUAUAUUUUAAAGCACUUUUUUCACGUUCAAAUAUGAAUUCUCACGCAACGGCGAACAUCGAAGUUUGAUUUUUAUAUUUUAGGCAGAACUGUGACUUCACAUCGGCGAAGAUGUUAAAGACAGCUAUUAAGUAGUGACUUCAUAAACAUAUUAAUUUCAUUUUGAUCUCAUCUUCUGGGUCAGAUUUGAUCCUCCACUUCACAGUUUGUAAAUUACGGUCCCAAUUUUGAGCGAACAAUAUUAUCAUUACUGGCCCGUGAUGAAGAUAUUUAUAAAGCUAAUAGUUGACUUUUUUAUGCUUUUAAUUUCUAUCGUGUCUGUGUUAUUUUCGUAUUAAAUUAAAUAACGAGAAUGUUGGUCGGAGA